AUGAUCCCAGACAUCUUCGAUGGGUCGGGCAUCAUCACCUUCAAGAGAGACGUCAAGGACAAAGAUCUUGUCGGGAAGUUGGCUACCUGGAAGAUCAAUACAAUCGAGGAACUCUUCAAGCUAGCUGACAAGUGUGCAAAUGGUGCUGAAGCCCUGACACAUGCCAAGAACCCUCAGUCUGACAAGGACAAGCCCGAGUCUUCAAAGAAUGAGGGGAAGAAGAAAAAACCUGGUGACAAGCAGAAGGGUCUAGACACAAUCAUAGUCGCGGUUGAUAGGAGCAAGUCACGCAAUGCCAGAGAUAAUAAGGGCCUGAGACAUGAUGGCAGGAAGUGGUGUCCUUUUCAUCGGACCAAGCAACAUGACUUUGAUGAGUACCACACUAUCAACAAUAAGCUCAAAGAUAAGCUAAAGACUGCUAUUGUAGAAUAUCACAGCAAACAGGUCAAGCCAUACGCUAAGGAUGACGAGCCUGGAUUCCACGAGGCUAGCCAGAACUUGGCACACAUCUUCAGAGGAUCCAUCGCGUAUGAGUCCAAGAGACAAUAUAAGGUGAUUGAAAGGGAGGUCAACCUGGCUUUGACUGGGCCUCCCCGAUACCUCAAGUGGUCGGACGUCUUGAUCACCUUCGGUCAAGUUGACCACCCAGCCGUAGUUUCACACCCAGGUUGGUAUCUAGUUGUGGUCCAGCCCACUAUCCUCAACGUCAAGGUCUUCAGAACCUUGGUCGACGAAGGUAGCUCACUCAACCUCAUCUUCACCAAGACGUUAGACAAGAUGGGGAACCAAAGUUUAGAGCUCAAGACAGAAGCUGAGCCUUUCCACGAUAUAACUCCAAACCUAUCGACCAUGCCCCUUGUCCAGAUCGAGUUGCUGGUCAUGUUCGGCGAGCCUGACAACUUCUGCACAGAGAAGCUGAACUUUGAUGUUGUAGACUUCAAGAUAACUUACAACGUGAUCUUAGGUCGCCCAAUGCCUGGUAGGUUCAUGGCCGUAGUGCACUACGUAUACCAGGUGCUCAAGAUCCCAGACCCUAAAGGGGUCAUAACUAUCAAGGGAGGUCAAUGUGCAGUGGUCAAGUGCGACAGGUAG